CAUCGCGCAGAUAAUAUUUUAUAUAAACCAGACAAAAGACGUAGCUGUGUCGGAUUGAGUGUUGAAAAUAUAAUAGUAGCCUCAGGGAUGGAUCUAUGUAACGCGAGAACUGAAAUGCAGCUUACGAUUUCGUGGACUGAGAGCAAUUGAUAAUAAUUUUGUUAUUUCUACAUAUAAAUUUUGAUAAUCCGCCGAUAGUAAUUAACGCUGUUAUCCUUGCAAGUUUCAGAGAAGUGAAUGUUUGGCUCUAUUCAGGGUUCAUCGUUGUAGUAAAUGUAAAUUUACGUAAAACGUUUAAAUUCAUUUCUCAAUGUAAACACAACGCCGUACGUUCGUAGUUUCUCUAUAAAAAGUUUCUCUAUAUCCAAGGCACAGAUUAUUCGUAAGUUGUAAUCAAGUACGUAGAAAGUAUUUCAAGGUUUUACGUAUUGUUGUAUAUGUAUACAUACAGAUGUUGCGUAUUUUUUUUGUUCUCUACGAAUACGUGUACAGUUCGAUCGCUCUCAGGAGACCUUUGGAAGGAAGUAAGAAAUUACUUGUGACAAAACAUCACAAGUAUGUCUAGUCGUUUAUGUUCAUUUAUAUUGGUUCAUCCAAGGGAAAAGUACACGAUCCACGUAGCUAAACUCGAUGCCGUAUUUGUGUUUUCACAAUAUAAAAAAUGAAAAUAAUGUACAUAUAUAUGUGAUACGUUUAUAAUUAUCAUGUGAUAUAUUCGUAAUUAUCGGAUGCAGGAUUAAAAAGGACUGUGUAAUUCCACCAAUGGCAUUUCUUUGUCGCGGUAUACGUUAUAAUAUAUGUUAUAGGAAGUGUUAUAUUUUUUAUCGUAUCGCUGAUUUCGAUACCAAAAAGAUCAGCAGGAACAAAGAAUAAUUUUCGAUAAAUAUUUUCUGAUUCAUUGUAUUUUUUUAUUCGAAAGAUUAAGGUCGCAAGAAAUUAAAGUCUUAUCGUUGUUGCUAUUUAUCGACACGAAUAAGUUUGAUUCUUCUUUCCUGCAUACUCUCCACCCUAUAAAUUUAAUUACGUACGGGACUGUGCAAAAUGGUCGCUUUUAUUCCGGACAAAGUUAUCCGCGAUAGCUUUGCCGUUUGUUGCAAAUAUCAAACUUUAAUUUUUAAUUCUAACAAGAGGAUAUUUUAAAAUUAACGUAGUUUUCGUUGUAAUUCGAAGCUUAUUAUCAAUGUAACCUUGUUGCGUCAAAAUAACGUGUGUUUGAACAAAUAUUGGUGAUUUUAUAUGGCCGAGAAAAUAAAGUUUUUAUACAAACCUACAAUCGUUGGUUCGUAGGAAGGAUAUAUCUGUAAUUAAUUUUAUUUUCUCACGUUUUUAUUUAUGAUUCAUUCUAUAGCAUUGCUUGUUUCUUUAUUAGAGAUUUACCUCCAUGUAAGAACCAUAUUUCUUCCCCAUGAACCCCCCUACUCGACUGCGCAACAUUUCUUCCGAAAUAUAAUACACCAUUAAAGAUUCCUGGAAGACACGAAGAAAGGAGAAAGAGCGCCGAGAUCAACGUCAAACUUUUCUCUCGUUGGCCGGUCACGUAAGCCGAGAAUGGUUUCAGGGUUACCGAUACGAAGAACAGAAAAAUCUGAUCGAAGGAAGGCGGAUUUGGUGGUGGAAGGCGGCUGAUCGGUGUAUCGGUACCACCACCGCCGUAACCACCACCAUCGGUCGUUUGGUGAUCGCGAGCGCGAGAAUGGUGGUGGCCACGCGAUAUAGUACCAACACUCCCUUCUUUGUUGCUGCUUUGCUAGAAAGGUGACUAUGCCAAGAAGACAGGAGGUAUUGAGCACGCCUUGCGUAUACCCAGUCACCUUUCUCUCUUCGUGACCGUAGCAUAUGUUUUGCGACGUCGAUGGAGCUCUCACGGCUUUGAACGGCGCUACUAUUGAAGCUGCUGCUCCGGCUCCUCGUUGCCUCCUUCCUUCCCUUUUUCCCGUUGAAUUUUUACCGACUUCUUGAGCAAGAAGAACGCACCUGGAGACAGCCAGUGUUCGUUCGAUCGGGAUCAAGCUCGGUAAAAACGUAAACAACGAAAAACGAAAGGAAACCACCGCGGCAACAACGUCGGCGCGGAGUCGGCCGUUUCGCGCGAUAUCACCGUUUCACCGGUUAACUUAGUUUUCAUUUUCGUAUACGCCUUGCGACCAUUUUUACGCAUAUGUGCGCGAAUCCUUCGACGUUCGAAUAGCAAGCAUCAACAUUGUCGUUAUCGAUUUGGAAAUUUGUUUCCUGCGUGAAUUCGUCGAGCGGUUAGGAUGAGACAGAAGAACACGAAAAUGAUCAUCGUGAGCAGCGUGUUGCUCCUACUGGUGGUCCUAUCAAGAGUGGAAUGUCAACGAAACCCCAUUCCUAGAAGCGCCAGAGCGAGUAGAAACGAAGCGGUAUUGGAAUUCGAGUGUCCCGAGGAAUUUGGAUAUUACCCUCAUCCGCGUGACUGUACCCAAUACUAUGUUUGCGUGUUUGGCGGUGCUUUGCUCGAAUCCUGCACAGGAGGAUUAAUGUACAGUCACGAGUUGCAGACAUGCGAUUGGCCACGUAACGUAGGUUGCCCCGAAGGCGGAUCUCCCAGUAAGGAAGCCGAAGAAGAUCCGCUAUUGGAAAGAUCGGCAAAGAUCGAGACCCUUCAGGAGCAACAACGGCCGCAACAGCAAAUCCGAGAACAACAACAAAUCCGAGAACAGCAACAGAUCCGAGAACAACAGCAGAUCCGAGAACAACAGCAGAUCCGAGAACAACAGCAGAUCCGAGAACAGCAGCAGAUCCGAGAACAACAGCAGAUCCGAGAACAGCAGCAACAACACAGACGCGAACAGCAACAGCGUCCCGUUCAGAGACAACCGAUUCCUAUCACGACAACGCCGUCUCCCGUACCCCAAAUCACCGAAAAGCAGAUUCGACAGAGGCAACAGGCCAGGAACUAUCACGAGGACGAGUACGAGCCAGCGUCAGAAGUGGAGAGCGAUAGGCAGCAACGAGUCUACAGAGGACAACCCUCGACGAUUGGCCAAGUUCAACGGGAUAGAGAUGGUCUUCGAAGAAACGUGAUUUCGGAAAGGGAAAAGGAGAGUCUGGUGAGCACGCGUGCCCAAACGGAAGCCCAUUACAGGACGCAAGUACCAUCCUCCGAGUCGCCGAGAGUCGCCAAGAUCUUGGCGUCCACCGUCGCCCCGGUCAUCUCCAAAUCGUACUACAACGAUCCGGACCAGAGUUAUCCUUAUUAUACCAUUUACGAUGACGACGUGUCCAUUUACAAAGAUGACGAUUACAACCAAUAUACCGUGAACCAAUCAGUGCCCGUUCAACCGAGUGUCAAGAUCAGCGAGGUAAACACGAAACAAUACCAAAAGCCAAAGAAGGUCGCGGUGAAUGAAGCGGACAAAUACAACCUGAACCAGGACGUUACGGCGCAGGAUUACGAUAUCUACGAGAAUCAGGCUCAGCUUAACAAGAACAAGUUCCGCAUUACCGAAAACCAGUCGUUCAGACCGAACGUGCUCAGCCACCCUGUCGUUCACGUGACGACUCCAAAUGCCAUCGUAGACACGUUUAUCCCGUUAACAACGACCACGCAGCCUCCGACUACCACCAGCAGGCCUUACACAGUCAAUGCACCCAGCCGAGGUCGCCCACAGCAGGUCCACCGUGGCACGGCACCACCGCGAUCGCGACCAACCUUGAAACCGUCCACCGAGAUCGUGUCGAAAGCGCAGGAGUUCAUCGAUAUUUACAGGUAUCCACCGACGAGGCCAGCGCCGAUUUAUCCGACUCCUCAGGUCGACAAACCGGCGGCCAAGUGUCGCAAGGACGUCUGCUUGCUUCCUGAUUGCAGCUGCGGCGGCGCGGACAUUCCAGGUGGAAUCCCAGUCGAACAAACGCCGCAGAUCGUUCUGCUGACGUUCGACGAUGCCGUGAACGAUCUGAACAAACCGUUGUACAGCGAUCUAUUCGAAAAUGAGCGUAAGAAUCCGAACGGCUGUCCGAUCACGGCCACCUUCUAUGUUUCGCACGAGUGGACCGAUUAUAGCCAGGUGCAAAAUCUUUACGCGGACGGUCACGAAAUGGCAUCGCACACGAUCUCGCACAGUUUCGGUGAGCAGUUCUCUCAGCGAAAAUGGGCGCGAGAAGUUGCUGGACAGCGAGAAAUUCUCUCAGCCUAUGGAGGCGUCAAACUGGAAGAUGUCAGGGGAAUGAGGGCGCCGUUCCUAUCGGUCGGCGGAAACAACAUGUUCAAAAUGUUGUGGGACACGAACUUCACGUACGAUUCCUCCAUGCCGAUAUACGAGAAUCGACCCCCAAGUUGGCCGUACACUUUGGACUACAAGCUGUUCCACGAUUGCAUGAUUCCUCCUUGCCCCACCAGGUCUUAUCCAGGCUUGUGGGAAGUUCCUAUGGUGAUGUGGCAGGAUCUAAACGGAGGUAGAUGCUCGAUGGGAGACGCGUGCAGCAACCCACCGACUGCUGACGGUGUUUACAAGAUGCUCAUCAAGAACUUCGAGAGACAUUACACGACCAACAGAGCGCCAUUUGGUCUAUUCUAUCACGCCGCCUGGUUCACGCAGCCCCAUCACAAAGAGGGCUUCAUUUCGUUCCUAGAUACCAUAGUCGCUAUGGACGACGUGUGGAUCGUGACGAACUGGCAGGCAAUUCAAUGGGUCAGAAAUCCUACACCGUUACCGCUGUUACACACCUUCGAACCCUUCGGAUGUAACUACCCGGACCGGCCGAAGAAGUGUAACAAUCCAAAGGUCUGCAAUCUGUGGCAUAAGAGCGGCGUGAGGUACAUGAAGACUUGCCAGACGUGUCCGGACAUCUAUCCAUGGACGGGCAAGACCGGAAUACGAAGCAGUCGUAUCGACAACGACGUCGAAGCGCACGAAUGAACGAAAAGAGAAUCGGUGUUCCGUGCGAUCGAGGCCCACCCAGCCGAAGAAGAGUAGCAGCGCCAACGGAGGAGAUGAGACGUUUUUACACCGAUUCGAUUAAUAUCCCGUCCUUGUUUCUCCAUUAGCCACGUCCUACGAAACAUAUCCCAGGUCGAGUACGCCAACGAAAUCGACUCGAAAUCACGCCACUACCACCUUCUCCCCCUCUUUUCAUCGAAAAUGGACAAAUCGCGAAGGAACUAGCGUCACGCGGUGGGUCUUCGAUAACAUACACGAAGAAACGUGUCGUUCGACUCAUAUUGAGGCAUUCGUUUCCGAAACGAGUCAUUCUGUUCGACGCGGCGAACGAACGCACGAUGACCGAACGUUUCGAGUCUCUGUAUUCCGAUCGGCAAACGUACAAAAAUUCUAGCCACGCCAUACAACGUGUGCCUGUCGUAUAUUAUAUUAAUGUACGUCGGUUGUAUUUAAGCGAUUUGAGAUAACUCGAUUAGGCCGUAUUAAUUGAUCCUAGUUUCGUUUGGCGAAUAGUAAGAUCGAUACAGUGUCUUUUUGCAUAUCAUUGCAAUCAAGACUCUUUAAUUAAGUAAUUAACUAACGUAUCGCGUCAACAUUUGUAAUUCUUUCGAUUAAUUAGCCGUGAUCGUAAGUCAAAUAAAGUUUCUUUAUAGCGUUGUGCCAGAAAAUGGAAUCGUGGAAAUCGAAAAAUCGGUCGAUACUUUAUGCUGAAAUCGAGGCAUCGACCGAUUCGCGGUUAUCUUCUUACCGCGUUGUCGUUCCUUCCAUUUUCUUGCUUUGUCAUCUUCUCUCUUCCACUCUUCGUCCUCUUCCCGCUCGCCGAUUCUUUUUUCUCGUUUAGCUCGAAGCUUGUAUCCUUGGCGUACUCGGCCUAAAUCCGAUAGAUGAAUUAAUUAAUUACAAAGUAUAUUAUCGUGGAUGUGCAAACGCAAACAAAAACUGGAAUCGUCGUCGGUCGCGAGAGGUUUCCUAAAAUCGACCUGGAGGUUCAGCACGCGCGGAGAUCGCCUUGCGGACGAGAGAAACGAACCGAGAGAACCGAGUGUUCACCUUAAACGAAGUAUCGUGUAUACGAGGGGAUCGUCGUGUAUACCUUUUAGAACCUGAAACUGUAAUACGCCUUUAUUCAAUAAACAUUUCGCUACAA